GCGAGGUCUCUCAUCAGCGGUUGGGCUUCUGGCCACGGCUGCGGGUACUACCGGAGCGGUUAGCCGUGGAGCGGCGGACCGUGCCCGAAGGAGCGGCAAGGCGCGAGGUGCUGCGACGCCGGGGUGGCUAGUUCUGCUCCAGUGUCCCCCGAGCGGCGGAGCGCCACGCAGCGGGCAGAAGCCUGCUGGGUGAGUCUCCCACCUGCGGUCGACCAUGGCCGGGUCCGAGCAGGACGGCGGCAGCGGAGAAGCGCCGCUGCCCUUCGAGGACGCCGAGCUAGCGCUGGCGGGAAUCAACAUGCUGCUCAACAACGGAUUCCGGGAAUCCGACCAGCUGUUCAGGAAAUACAGAAACCAUAGUCCUUUAAUGAGUUUUGGAGCCAGCUUUGUCAGCUUUUUGAAUGCCAUGAUGACAUUUGAAGAAGAGAAAAUGCAGCUGGCAUGUGACGAUUUAAAAGCUACCGAAAAAUUAUGUGAGAGUGAAGAAGCAGGAGUUAUAGAAACAAUAAAAAAUAAAAUUAAGAAGAAUGUUGAUGGCAGGAAGGCUGCCCCAUCCAUGAUAGAACGAUUGCAAAGGCAGAUCAUUAUGGCAGACUGUCAAGUUUACCUUGCUGUGCUCUCUUUUGUAAAACAAGAAUUAUCGGCUUAUAUAAAAGGUGGGUGGAUCCUUAGAAAAGCUUGGAAAAUCUACAAUAAGUGCUAUGCAGACAUUAACACACUUCAGGAAUUAUAUCAGAAGAAGAUAACUCAGGAAUCUUUGACUUCUGAUGCUACAAAUGAUAAUCAUAUUGCUGCAGAAGGUGUUACAGAGGAUUCGCUUAACAGACUGAAAGGUGCCGUUAGCUUUGGAUAUGGACUUUUUCAUCUUUGCAUAUCCAUGGUGCCCCCAAACCUGCUCAAAAUCAUCAAUCUGCUGGGUUUUCCUGGAGACCGCCUGCAGGGGCUUUCUUCAUUGAUGUAUGCAAGUGAAAGUAAGGACAUGAAGGCCCCUUUAGCUACGUUAGCCUUGCUGUGGUACCAUACAGUGGUUCGCCCUUUCUUUGCUUUGGAUGGCAGUGAUACCAAAGCAGGAUUGCAAGAGGCUGAGGAGAUUCUUCAAAAAAAAGAAGCUGCUUAUCCCAACUCAUCUCUCUUUAUGUUUUUCAAAGGCAGAAUACAGCGUUUAGAGUGUCAAAUUAACAGUGCCUUGACCUCCUUCAAUACUGCUUUGGAACUUGCAACUGAUCAGAGAGAGAUUCAGCAUGUCUGCCUCUAUGAAAUUGGCUGGUGUAGCAUGAUAGAAAUGAACUUCAAGGAUGCAUUUGAAUCAUUUGAACGUCUUAAAAAUGAAUCAAGAUGGUCCCAGUGUUAUUAUGCCUACUUAACAGCAGUGUGUCAAGGAGCUACUGGUGAAGUGAAUGGUGCACAGACUGUUUUCAAGGAAGUCCAGAAGCUUUUCAAAAGAAAAAACAACCAAAUUGAACAAUUCUCAGUCAAAAAGGCAGAUAGAUUUAGAAAGCAAAAACCAACCAAACAGCUUUGUGUAUUGGCAUCCAUUGAGGUACUAUACUUGUGGAAAGCCCUUCCAAACUGUUCAUUCACCAAUCUACAGCACAUGAGUCAAGCUUGCCAGGAAAUUGACGAUUCAAUAGUUGUUGGUUUGAAGAACUUGCUACUUGGUGCCAUACAUAAAUGCUUAGGAAAUGCUGAAGAUGCUGUUCAGUUCUUUCAAAGAGCCCUUAAAGAUGAAAUCUGCCACCAGAACAACCUGUAUGUUCAACCAUAUGCUUGCUAUGAACUUGGCUGUCUUUUAUUAGAAAACCCUCAGUCUGUCCCAAGAGGUAAAGUGUUACUGCUUCAGGCAAAGGAAGAAUUCACAGGGUAUGAUUUUGAGAACAGGCUGCAUGUUCGCAUCCACGCAGCAUUAGCCUCUCUGAGGGAAGUGGUCCCCCAGUGAUGAACAGAAAUGCUUUCAUCUUUUCUUUUUCGACUUUUGCACUCUGAGGGCAAAGUUGUCAGGAAGAUGAGCUUUCCUCCAGAAAACCUUCCUGUGCAAGAGAUGUUUUCCUAAAGAUGCAAAGCUGGUGAUGGAAAAAUGUUAACAAUCUCAACAAUUAAGGACUCAGCCAAAAAGGUUAAGUGACCUUAGGCUCAAACAAAUGGUGAUUUCACCUGCAUAAGUCCUUUUAAAUUAGGGGAAGCUAGACUUUGUGUUCAAACCCAGCCCCACAGACAGGGGAUGGUGCUCGAGAAUUCCUUUGAAUAUUAAAGUCCUUUAGUUCCAAUGCUUAGAGAUGUCUUUUUUUGUUGUUUUUUGUCAAGCUGGAGAUCAUAGCCAGCGGCUGUACAAAUGAACCAACAAUGAUCACAUUUUUAUUUUCUGUAAUCAAUAUUGGCUUGGUUUCUAAUAUUUUCCCAUUUCUGAAUAGCUUAUUCAUUCUUCUGUAGAAAGGAACCCUUUCAUGGAAACAAUAUUAUAAAGUUGUUUCAAUAUGGUAUAGAAAUGAAUAUAGUUAUAUUUAAAAGCCAACUGAUAUGAAGCUGUAAACUUGCCUGGUGCAUUUACAGCACAACAAACUUGCUCACAGAACUUUUCUUGGUCAUUCAGAUAUAUGUAAAUAAUGAAACCUGCUCCCAUAUUUAUUUUAAAUUAUGAAAAUAUAUUUAGAAGCUUUAUUUUUUAGCCAAAUGUUUAUUUUUUAAAUCCUUAAGCGUUGUGUUAAACAUUUGAUACCUAUUUUAAAUGGUAGUGUGGAUAAUUGGUUGUCAACAAGAGAUUUGUGAAUCACUCAUGUUGCUAAAAUGUAGGUUAAACAUGAAAAACUUGCCUUCUGGCAUUUUUAAACCUAUAGUAACACUUCUGGUUUUAGAACAAUAUAACACAGUGGAAUUUUAUUCAAUUUUCUGACUUUUAAAGUUGUCACACAUUAUUUUAGUGUGUAUGUAUUUUUAAGGCAAAUAUUGUUUUUUAAAAACAAUUUUAGCAUAGCAGCUUUUCCUAUAUACUGUGAAACUUUUUUUUAUGGCAUUAAAGCCUUAUUUUCAAUUUCUGAAAUUUCUCUUUCACAACUCUGGAUUCUCACCUGAACUGCUAAAUGCUUUAUCUUGUUUGUAGUUCACUUGAACAAACAAGCCCCAAAGAGCAUUAAGAAAGAAGAAAUUUACAGAUCACGAUUUAUAACUCAUAUGGAGUUACAUUCACAAGGGCUUCCCUGUUCGCUUUCAGCAUUAGGUAAUACUGUCAUGAGCAUACAUAGGAUAGUUCCUGUCCUGUGUUAUGAGCUCAGUGUUUGGAUCAUCAAAUGUGAAUUGGAACCAAAUGACCAAGUACAUCAUGUAACUGCUAAAUUGCAUAGGCUGUUUCUUGCUACCCUCUCCAAAAAUACUUAAUGGCUACUAAAUUUGCAAUGCUCUUUUUUAAAAAAAAUACUAUAUUCUCUAAACAAUUAUCUCAGACCUGAUCGUCAAACAUUCUUGAUUUAUUGCUUUGGGAGAUUUUGUUCUAAAUGUUCAGUUUCCUAUCUUGUAUUUCAACAUACAGACAUUGGUGUUUGUUGUCACAUUGCCAUUUCAGUUAUCUGUACAAUUUGUCCUUUACAAACCAAGAAUUACCAGAGAGGCUGUGUGGUGCCCAUCCCAUAUCAUCACCAUCAUCAGAAUCAUAUUAGAGCUGCCAUUGCUUAGUCUGAUUGUAAUUCUGAUUCUGGCCUUCUCUGUAGCAGCUCCAGACUUUUGGAACCUGCUUCCUACUGAGAGAAGAGGAUUAACAUAAUUCAUGGCCUUUAAUAAGGCUUUUACACUCACUGCCUUGUCCCUAGCUAUUUUAAUAGUGGCAAUUUAUUUAUAUUUUUAUUUGUUUCAGUAUUUUUACCCCAGUCUAUUAAAAUGACUCUAAUUCGUUCACAAUCAUAAAAUAUCCAAAUAAAACAAGAUUAAUUAAGUACUGUAUAAAUUCUAAACCAGUUGUAUAAUUCUAAACCAGUCAGGUAAAACAUUGCAAUGAGAAAAAACAAAUAGGAAAUUAUAACAGAGAUAUAACUUCUGUCUUGCAAAUAAGAUAUCAAGCAAGCAUUUUACAUCCAAAAUAUCUUGCAAAAUCAUCUUCGUUAACUUUCUUAAAAGAUAAUAUGUUCCAGGAUAUCGGGAUUUCUGUGGAGACAUUAUUUCAUAACGAUGGCAGCUACUGAGACCAUUUCUAGGCUUCUCCACAUCUCCUGAGACAAAUAUUUGGAAUGGACAGUUGGCAAACAAAGCCUUUAUAGGCCAGAAAUGGCAAUUUGAAUUAUCUUUUGAAAUUAAUUUGAAACAACACAGUACCUUGAAGUUACAUGGCUGAAGUAGCUUUCACUUGUCAGCAGUUUUCUAGUAGUUUUUGGGAUAGCCUCAAAUAAAGUGCAUUGCCAUUAUCACAUUUUGAGAAGGUGAGGGCACAAACCACGCUUGUCAAAACCUUCUGCUCCAAAACGGGCCUCAACUGGUGCAUCAGUCAAAGUGGAGCAAAGGCCACAUCUUCCACCUGUGGAUCAUAUUGUGGCUAUGAGUUCAAAAGUCAUGAACCUGCUUUUUAAGGUGGAAUGCAACUCUUAUCUACAGCCAAUAUAGUAAUUAACAAAGGAUCAGAUAUUUCUGGACUAGCAGCACCUUACUCUUAUUGGACUUAAGUUUCAGCUUGCUUCAACUGUUAAUUUGAUAUAGACUACAGACAUCAUAUGAGGACUACCAGUGCAUCAGUAGUCUGACCUGUGAUUGAGCUACACCAUGGAAUAUUAACAUAUUGAUGGCACCUCAUCCAGAAAUGAUCUCUCCUACUGGUUUCAUACAAAUGCUAAACACAGGCAAGAAUGGCAUGAAGUAAAUGAUCAAGGGCUACAUUCCUGAUCCUCAGCACUAAUGACUGGAGCUACCCCUACAGAAUGAAGUGGAACCAUAGCAAAACAAUGCAACAUACCCCAAAUCCUAGCAGAUGGUCCAGAAGAAAAGCAUGGAGGGUGUGAAUGUUUUUCAGAGGUUUAUAGGAUCAGGAGAGUUGACCUUUCUUGACAAAGAUAAUCUAGCAGAAUGUCCUAUACUGUUUUCAUCUUCAUUAAAAAAGGAAGAUGAAUCUAGGUGGAAGUUAUAUAAUAGAACAUCACUUCAUCUGUUUCAUCUCCCAGAAUUAUUGGUAAAUGAAUGGGCAAAUCAAAGCAGAGGGAAAGGCUCCUCAGGAGAGAGCAUAGCCAGCAUUCUCAUCUCUCAGUUUCAGAGCUUGACCAGUUCCAUGGCAGAACUAUCUACCAAAAAUCCAUAAGCGGCUACCGAAAAUGAUGCAGUGUUAAGUGUUCAGGUAGCUCAUUCUAAUUAGCCCUUACCCUUUCAGAUGUCACUGGUGCCAAUAGGCAACAUACUGACUGGGAAGUGAUCUGAUCAUGACUGUUGCCAUAUUCUUAACGCAAUCCAUCUGCUCUGGCUUGAAGAAAAUGGCAACAUAUGGACCUAACAUUCAUAGCAGUCCAAGGCCAAAGUAUGCAUCAAUCUGGCCUCUUGAGCUCAGGGAAAGGGCAUCUGAAGAAAAAGACAGAUCAAGUAGACAACCCCUCCCUCUCUAGGAAUAGCUUCUCCUUUCAUAGUUCCCAUUGCUCAUCACUGUGGUAAUUUGCCUCAUCCUCACCUUCAAAGGGAUCAAGGUCUUUAGGAUUUUCCUAACAAGAAACUAUUAUUUCCUGUCCCUCCAUGAACUAUCUGUCUGGCCAAUGACAUUACUGGAUUAUACUUCAAAAUCCCCACAUCCAACUACAAAAUGAAUCUCGUAACCCUGAAGAAACUGUUGAGGCUGCCAGAUACCAACAACAGUUCACUCUCCCAGCUUAAUUCACCAAAAGUUUACUUCCCUCCAAUAAUUGAUUUCCCAAAAGUUCCUUACUUAGAUAUAGCAUAUUCUAGUCAGAAUGCUAAACAUUCAUCAGAUUCUUGGACAGUCAAGUUUAAUCAGCAUUUUAAAUCUGGUUUUAGCAGCAGCACUAUCUCUACAUAUUUGUGACACAAAGGGCUUUUGAGUGCCCAGACCCAAAGGAACCCCAGCCAUCCUGCAUUUGGAAACUUAGGUAGCUAAAGUAAAGGAAAAAUCAUUUUAGGAUGAUGAGAAUACAGGAUGGGGAAUUCUGUGUAAUUCUGAAAAUAGUUUUGAUCAACUGCGAUUUAUAGAUAUAUAAUUUCUCUGCAUUAUUUUGCUGUAACAGUUUCUUAUUUGUACAGGCAUUUUUUUCAACAUGCAGUCUUUCACAAAACAAAUUGCUAAAUUGAAAGAGGCCCACACUAUAAGUUGUAACAAAAUUGCUUAAAUUACUUGUGAUUACAGGCCAGCAGGGGUGUUUGCAGAAUAUGAUGAAAAUAUCCAAGGUGGCAGCCACGAUGGUGUGAUCAAAGAUCCACUUGUUUUUAUGUGUGCUGGAUGUGUAUAAAAAUGGAUGAAACUUUAAUUGCAGCAUCAUAGUUGCUCUUUUUGAUUUUUUUUAAACCAUACUCUGCAAACGUGCCUACGUGCCAGGAAAUGUGUGAAUGAGAUAAAUUUGCAAAACUUGUAUAUUCUGAUUUUGGAGUCAUUGGCUGGUUCCUUCAAAAGCCUGUUUUAUAGAGUCCACAUUACCUUGCCAUGGAUAUGCUUCUGUCACCAUGUCUGCUCUGAGAUGCAUUAAUCUUGCAAGCAAAAUGGCUGUCUGGUAUAUGAAUAGUAGCUUUCUGCUCCAGUCACCCAUGUAUUCCCACUCCCACUAUUACUUUCCCCAUAUAUACCUUCUAGAAGAAACCUCUUGUAAACAUGAAAGGUAUUUUUAUAUUAGAUUAUGCUGUUGAUGAGAACAAUCGCGACUGUAUUUUAUGUAAUCAGAAUGUUUUUAUAUUUUAAAGCUCGGAGGCAUGAUCUAAUGGCAAUAAUAGACUAAGCAUCUCAUAGGUUAAUAUAUAUUUUAAGAAUUUUACCAAGGCAGAUAUAUUUUUGUUGUUGAUACUUUUUACUGCAUCAGUGAAUAACUUGUCAUGUCAUUUUAGAUUGUUUACUAUGAUAUAUUAUAAGUCUCAUUUAUUUAACAUUUUUUUUAAAAAAAAUAUUUCUGCUUAAAUUAAAACUUGAUAUUUUCAUGUUUCAAUGUCUUGCAACCAGAAUGAGUAACAUGAUUUUCUUCUGUUGUUGUUGUCUUCCAACUCCCAUCAACAAUAGUUAAGAAGGAUAAUUGUGAGGGAUAAUGGGAAUUGCAGUUGGGAGGAAAAACGGGAGGGCCCAAGAUAGACCACUCUGGCCUACAACCGGAUCGUGUUUUGAUUUCAAGUACUGCAUGUUUUUCAGGGAUUAAAUAUUUAUGAAGGAGAAUUCUUACUUAUGACUCCAAUUAAUGUUGCACAGGAUAAGCAUAGAAUGUAUCUUAAUACUGUAAUAAUCCUUGUUUAAUGCAGCGGAAGAGGCUCUUUUCAGAACAGAGGAAAAGAAGGGGGAAUAUAUUGGGAAAAAAAUCUGCUUUUCCUGGUGCUUUUUUGACCACGGAAAAACUAUUUGAAUAUGAUAAUGCCUCCUCUCCUAACGUAUUGGUAAAAAACAACAACAGGGGGAAAGAUCUGGAUUUGGGGAAAAGCGUGCGCUCUCUCUCACUCACUCACACACACACAUUCUGUUAACAAAUAAAUCUCAAUUCUUAGAACAGUGAGUAGACCCAAAUUGCUUAGAUUUCUUCUGAAGUGGUAAACUUAAGCCUAGCUGUUUAACUUUAAUUCAUAUGUAGGGGAUUUGUGUGAUUGGAUUAUUCUUCUAGGUAGAAAAUUAUUUCACUAUAAAUGGUUUCUAACAAUAGCAUACUUCUUAGUUUUUUAUGUACAGCCAGGCACUAACUGAUCAUUUUCCUGAGAAUUAAACCAAGUUUCUGUUUAUGGUAUUCUAUGUUUAGUAGAUAUAUUACAUAUGCUUUAUUCAAUAGAACUUACAUAUGACUAUCACAGUACAAAAUACAUGUGGUAUCAAUUCAGAAUAGCUGAUUUAUUUAAAUUGUUGAUUUUUAAAAUAUACAAAAUUAUCGUUUUCCUGUAACAACAUUGAGAAUGAUGUAGGAAAUCCCAGCUUUAAUAUACACAUGCUGUUUUUAGUUGAUAUUCUGCAAUAAACUUGGGUACUGGAUACUCAGUUCAAAGUUUCAGCUGUGAUUUGGAUAAGAGUAAUUAUACUUUGUUUGCUUCCCAUGUAGAAUCUGUAUUUUUUAAAUGUAGUUUUUCUGUUUCAGUUUUUCUCUGGUGCAGACUUGGUUCUGCUAUUUUCAAUAUUAUAUUUAUUAUUCUCUACAUUUGUUUUUAAAUAAAAUCUGUAAGAACUU